CUAUAAAAGAGAGUCUUCCAAUCACUAUCAAAAACAUGCCAAACAGGACAACCUCUGUUUCUUCCCAUUUAUUUGCUGAGUUUUACAUUGGAGGUGGUUGUUCCUGUCCCCUCUAGCUGUUGUGCUUGUGCCCCGGGAGUUCCUAAUUUUUCAUCUCUUCCCCGUAGUUUUCUACAGUAGCUGCUGCUUGUUCUUCUCCUUCUCUGUUAUUGUUGUGGAGAGAGAGAGAGAGAGAGAGAGACCAAUGGAGUGGUACAAGAGGAAAGAGGUGGUGGAAGAAGUGGGAGUGAUUGGGGGUUUGGUCGGGAUUCAGGUCGUGUAUGCGAUCAACUCUGUGAUGCUGAGCUACCUCAUGUCCCUUGGCCUCAAACCUCUCACUUUUGCCUACUUCUCUUCCUUUGCCACCUUCCUUAUUCUCUCCCCCAUUGCCUUCUCGUUUGAAAGGAGCUUGUGGCCCAAGAAGCUCAGCCUGAGGUUGAUGGUUCAGCUUGUUCUCAUCUCCUUCUCAGGGGUGACUCUGUUCCAAACUCUGUUAAUGAAGGGGAUCAAAUUCACAUCACCGGCUCUCGCAACCGCCAUGCCAAACCUUGCUCCUGGGCUUAUCUUCGUCAUCGCUUGGAUUACUAGGAUGGAGAAAGUUGAGCUGAGUUGCUUGUACAGCAAGGUCAAGAUAUUAGGCACGGUGGUGUGUGUUUCGGGCGCUGUCACAAUGAGCCUAUGCAGUGCUGCGAAGGAGGCGCCCCGCUCAUCUCCCUUGAGAGAUAUGAUUUUCAACCGACAAAUGAUAAUCGGUUGCUUCUAUCUUAUUGCAGCGGCCUUUGUCCUGUCAAUCAAUGCAAUCCUGCAGGCAGUCACUUUGGCCGACUUUCCAGCACCGAUCUCCAUGUGCGCAAUCAUGUCCUUGAUCGGUUCGAUUAUGACUGCAGCUGUUCAGUUGUUUGAAGACCACAAAUUGGACAAUGGCUGGCCGUUUCUGAGCUUCGGCAAGUUGGUCACCUUCUCUUUUCUGGGUGGUGCCAUUGGCGGAUCAUGCGUAGGCUUCACUGCCUGGGCCAUAAAAAAGAGAGGGGCGGUCCUUCCUUCUAUGUUUAGCCCCAUCGCCACCGUCUGCACUGUUAUUUACUCAGCCAUAACAUUUGGAGACACGAUCCACAUGCCAAGCCUCGCCGGCAUGGUCCUUAUGUUUACCGGCCUGUACUUCGUGCUUUGGGCAAAAGGGAAAGAGGAUUAUCACCCGAAUGAAGAAGAUUGCUCAGAGAGUAGGUCGGAUGCGGAGAAGCCACUUCUGAGUUGAGAAACGAAGAUGUGGAUUUUUGCGAAAGCAUCUUCUUUUUCUCCAGCAUUUUGGUUGUAGGAAGAAAGAGCAGCUUCUUUUGCCUGCUGUGGAAACCAUCUGGUGUAUCAUGUGUGACUUUCUUGUGCAUGUCAAUGUAUCUACUCCUCCUGUUCUAGA